AAAACGAGAAAGAGAUUUGGCAAGAGCGUCACGAUCGUAGUACUUCAGUCAGCUGAUCGCCAAUCGAGUUGUCAAAAAUUCUGUGGCGCAUGUUAUUUACUUCUGCUCUGUCUCGUUAAUGGGGCCCAUGACGAAAUGGAUACUCUUCGAUUAAUUUUGAUCGUUGAUUUAGUGCACCUUGUGAAUACUACUUUAUAAUCAGACUACACAGCAUAUUAACGUAAUUUUCUAUGGAAAUGGGAAUGCUCAGCAACUUUUUGCCAAGUACCUGUCUACUCUACAUUGCAUGGAUCUGUGUUUUUUGCCAUGUCCAUGCCAGACCCUCUGAUAUUUUUAGCCCAGAUACUCAAAAUGACGACGGAAUUCACUUGGGGUUUGGUGUGUGGGUGGCUGCAGCUGCAGGUUUUGUGGUUGUGUCUGUGAGCCUGGCUCUUUGUGUUUGCUGCAGAAAGCCCAAAGGUUUUGCAGAGUUUAGAAGCUCAACUCAGUUGGCAGAAAUAUCUUCAGGCCAGCCAGCAGAAGUUACGCUGUUCCCGCCACCUUCUUUAUCACUCAACCGCGAAGACCUAGAAAUAAGUUUUGAACCCCUGCCCAGGCCACAUCAUCAAGCUGCCAAUACAUAUCGACCCAAGGAAGUUACAGAGUGGAUAGAAAAUGGCCAAGGUUUGUUUCCCAGAUGUAAUAUACAGUAUUUACGGGAAGUUGGACGCGGUUGGUUUGGACAGGUUGUGGAAGCUGAGGUUAAAGAUCUUGUGGUGAAUCAAUUAACUUCUCGCUGUGUCGUCAAAAUACUGCGCCCUGAAGCCUCUGCCUCCCAGCAUUCCAUGUUUCUGAAGGAAGUGCAGCUUCUGUUGAAGCUCGAUCACCCUCAUGUGUUGAAGCUUUACGGGUGUUGUCUCGAGACGUCUCCUUUCCUUGUUCUAUUACAGCAUUGUGCCAACGGAGAUCUAAAACAGUUUCUUGCGGCAUACAGCCCAUCAAAAGGGACUCAAGGUGUUCCACCAUUGCCAGAGAAUGUGUUACUACGCAUGGCCUGUGAGGCAGCAGAGGGCUUGUCGCAGUGGCAUCAAACUGGAUUUUCUCACCCUGAUGUGGCUGCAAGGAGUUACAUGGUGACGGGCGAUAUGAGUGUAGUGAUAGGAGAUUACGGUACGCAUACUGUUACGUAUCGAGAAGAAUAUCUUGAUGCUGGCCAUCAGUUGUUGCCCAUUCGAUGGUGCGCACCUGAGUACUUCGAUACACCCGGUGAAAUUUACCAAACUCUAGCGGGGAAUGUUUGGAGUUUUGGCGUUGUCCUGUGGGAGAUUUUAUCUAUAGGCAGUCGGCCAUACGCUGCUCUAACGGAUGAACAAGUUUUACAACAAGUUAUCCAGGAAAAGCGGACUAUUUUAAAUCCUCCAAGUUUUAACUAUCAACAAAGUCAGGCCUUGUAUCAGUUGAUGCUACAUUGUUGGGAGGUCGACGCGCCGUUAAGACCUCGCAUGGAAGUCGUCGCUUCCCACUUAGCUGCUGCGUGCGCCGGUGUUAACCGUGACGUGGAACUUGAUUUGGAAAGAGCUUUCGACUCACGCUGGAACGCCGCUAAGCCAAGCAAAUCCAGUCUUUCGGAACUGGACGAUGAAUCGCCUUCGGCUAGUUUAAACAACCUUCACGGUUCGUUAGACAAUCUUGCAGGGCAUAACAAAGAAAUCCUUUCUCCCGGCACAGACAAAGAAUCUGAGAGUGGCUAUUCGGCUAAAGUAUCGGCUGCGCUACGGAGUUUAGACGAAGCCUUAGCAGCUGCUGAAGCCACAGACGAGGAAGAAGAUGAUGACGAUGAUAUCCUCCCUGGACCUAGUUUCCAGUUUGGCGAUCUCCAGGCAGACCAAGCUGAAGCUGGACAAGAAACAGAUCAUUCAAGUGACAGUAAUGGGAGCCUUUUUUCUUCACGGUCAUGGCAGGAGAAAGUGGUACGCGGUGAAUUGACUGCCAUGGUACGCGAAAAGUCUCGCAGUGUGCAGGAUCUGAUGGUCUUGACUGCUGUCGAACCAAUGAGCGAUAUCGAAUUUCUGUCGUUCAAUCAGCCUUCGAAACCGGAUCAGCAAGAAAAUGUUUCACAGCCAAUUGCGCCUCAAAUAUCUGUCACGUCACCAUCAUUUACUGUUAGAUCGCCCAUGAUGGAAUCCGAUGUUCCAUUGUUGGAAUCGAAUGAUUCAAAUAACGGAAAAGACAGCUUGGAUACUGGAACUUACUAUUUGACACGCAACCGAAAUCGAUUGACCUCGACGCCGCGGGAAGACACUGACUUUGAAGCCAUGGAAUCGAGUUUCAGAGAUCAAACCAAGCCAUCCGAGUAUGCACCUUUCUCGCCAGAAAGUUUGGAUGCCACUGAUUUCACUUCGAAGGACCAAGGAUCAGCUCGUCGACCUCCAGAAAACACGGAUUCUUCUACGAGCGUGAUUCUUGGACCGUCGGAUGAGCUGGGUCUUCACGUUUUUCAAGGAGUGACAUCGAGGACGCAAAGUGAAGACGAAAAUCCUUUUGAUGAAUCUGAAGGCGCUGCUUCCGUUCCCAUCAAUGCAUUUGCCGUAGAAGACGAAGAACCUACACCUACUGAACCAGCUCGCCUGGCAGUAAAUUUAGAAGCGUGGAAAAACUUUUUAGAGCAGUCCUACCCUCAACAUCCAUCCGAAGCUGAACAUCAUAAUAUCGAUGUUAGUGAUACCCCUCUUCAGCUCAAGGACAGCGGCAUCGCCCGACCAAGUUUUAGUACCUCUGUCGAUGUCCUAGGAAGUACAUUAGGAAACGAAGACAGUGUUAAUCGAGAAUGGAUGGAUGAUUUGUCGCUGGUCGCAAGAAUGUGGAAUGAAGAACUGGCGGCUGCUUUAGCGCUUGAUAGCAGCGCAGUGCAGCAGCCUCAUCAACUCAACGCCUCCUUAACAGAUACAGAUCCAAAUCUGGAAGAUGGUGUUGCUAAUAUUUCCAGUUUGUCCAAUGAUGUGUCCUACAUAUCACCAUCUAAGCGAGAGGAUACGUAUUUUUCUUAUGAUAAAAUCGAUGACGAUAUCCGUGAACAAGAGGAAAGAGCCGUUAGAAGAAAAGAUCUGUCAACGAUCCGGGAAGAAAGAGAAAGCGUUAGUUCCAGCGAAAUGGGAGCUACGCCGAACAAUAACGCAGAUACAGGUCGCGGACUGCUUUCGCAGCUACAGCUCAAAAAUCGAAUGCAACGCCAUUUAGAUGUCUCAGGAUCUUCAGACUCGGACGGAAGCGACGAUUGUCGUGACGACGAUGAAGACGUUCUUAUUGUAGAUUUAGAAAACAAACGAGCCGUCAUGAUGGAAGGACAAAGCCCAAAAUUGAAAGCAGCUAUUGCCUCACAAAAUUAUGAAGAAAUAUUUGCCGUCCGUCCCACAAAUGUUCACAGUAUUAUGGAAAAUGGGAAGUCUCCAUUAUACAACAGAAAAGAUCCACCUAACGGUGCGCUACUCGACGAAAUUGAAAAAGACAACGAUCAUGAUAUCGACGACGAAGACGAAGGAGGAGCUGAGGAAGAAGAAGAGGGAGAUGAUGGCGAGAUUGUCAACGAUUUUGAGGAUGAUGAUGAAGACGAUGAAGAAGAAGGGGACGAAGGUAUAGCCGUGAGUAAUUUUAGAUGGCAAGCGUGCUACCCGGCCAAAUUGAAUCAAUCGUUUUCAAUGGAAGUUAUUGAGGAGGAAUCGGAAAAUGAAGACCAGGAGGAUGACGAAGAAGAGGCGUUCGUGCCUUCGAUUUGGAGAGCGGAUGCGACUCCAACCCGUCCAGCUAUUAAGACCCCAGAAAAGAGCUUAGGAAAUUCACCUUGUGAUAACAUCGAUAAAAAAAAUGUUUCUUUUUCUCAAAAAAAGAAAAAAGACAUUUAUCAAUACCCAGCUGAAGUCGAGGAAUUCGUUCCUCCAACGCGACGGCAAUGGGGAGCCCCGACACCUGUUAUUCAACAACCAGAAUCAGCUUAUGCUGAUUUUGCGGAUUGGGAUUUUGGUAAUGCGGAUGAAGAUCGCGAGUCGAUGAACGACAAUUCAAAAGAUCUCGAUGAACUUAAAACAACAUUAGUUAUUCCUCGGCCUCCAAAUCCUUUGACCAGUAACAUGCUAUAUCGCUUGAGUGGCAUUGAAAACGAAUCGGACGAAGAUGAGGACGACAAAGAACAGAACGCUAUUCUACCUGAAUUCGAUGCUCGUCCAAAUGAAUCCCUGCUUCUCGGCGAUUGGCAAUCACCUUUCAAUACAAGCGAAUUUCAGCCUAAUCAGUUCUUUCCCAACUGGGAUAACCCAGUUUCUUUGAUCCGCGGUGAAGAAUCGGUGGAUGUGGUGGCGAGCAAUGGCCAUGAUCAUGGAAACGAAGAACCGAAAGUUGUCGGCACCUUGCGCCAUACUCUGGAUUCAGGAAGGUUACGCCUGGAUCUGACUCAACCCCGGUUUGAAGAUAGUGAAGCGUGACUGGCUGGUUAUUCUCGAGAUUCUGGCACUCCUGUAUAUAAAGAUCCUGUCAUAUUCUUUUAUCCUUAGGUGUCAUCGUAAUUUACUCCUUUAAAAAAGUCUUGAUGCUCAUAAAAUGUGUUUGUCCUGUGGCGUGUUUAAAUGUGAGCCAAUUAGAAAUUACAUGCCAGGAUGAAGCACUUUUUCAAGUGAUUUCCCUCCCUUUAUGUAGGAUUUCAUCCGUCCAGUGUUAAAUCCCUUAUUAUUCUAUCUUAGAUGCCCUUUCUUAUUUCCUGGAACAAGUGAACAGGAACAUAUAUUCAAGCUGAACUUUUCAUGUACUGUAUAAAUAAAAUUAAUCUUGUCGGAAGAACUGAUAUUAAACCUAUCAUAAUUUAUUCUCCUUCCCAUGAUUAUGUGCAUUUGAUUUCCUAACUUUGUAAUACAUUAUGAUCUGAACAUUAAA